AUGUUGGCCACAGCAAUAGUCGAAGCACCGACUCUACUGAGCUCUCUUUCAGACCGGUUCGUGCUAACCAGGUCUCGAAUCUCCCUACCAAGGCCUGUUCCACCAGCCGCCAGAGUUGAAGCCGACGAGACCCAGCAUGGCAUUCUACGCACAUGUCCCGAUCCAACUAGUUCAAAAGCGGAAGAUAUAAUGAACAUCGUUGAGGCAUAUGGCUCUCACGAACGCACGUCUGCAAUAGGAGAAUGGCUCGGCCGCGCUUCUUUCACCCCACGGGUGCAAACACAUGUCACAGCCAAUCGGGCAAUCCCCAUGGUCCUACCUGCUUUUCCGAUGAAAAGUAACAAUCGAAUGGACAAAGUGCUAGGCCCGCUUCCGGACUUGGGUGAAGAGCUUGGAUUGGCCAGAUUGGUCAAUCUUUGUCGAGAUAUCAAGGCUGUGUACCCGCCUGGUGCGAUUGUAGUUAUUGUCACGGAUGGAAUUUGCUAUAAUGAUCUGACUGGUAUCCCUGAUGAAGAAGUCUGGGAAUAUGGGAAUCGACUGCGGAAGAUCGCGGUUGAAAAAGGAUAUGCUUGUAUCCAAUUCCACCGCAUUAUGAAUAUGCUAGGUCUUUAUACUGGGAUAUCUAUCUCCAAGGAUGAAUAUGUGAAGCUCUGUGAUAUCUCGAGGGCUGAGAUUCAUCGGAGGUGCGGAUGGCCUGGGUUUGAUGUCGAUAGGUUGUUGAAGACCGAUGAGGAUUAUCUGCGAACAUAUAAUGGAUAUGACAAGUUUAUGAAAGUUGAUCUAAAAUUCAGCCCGGUGACCAGGGAUUGCGCCGGUCCGAAACAGUAUAAAAAGAAGAUAAAAUUGAUCGCAAAGGCGAUGAUAGUGCGCGGUGUGGAGUACGCCGAGCUUGUGCGUCAAAUCUAUCCUGACUCACUACGACUCUCUAUCCAUCCCUCAUCGGGACAGACGAAGUUAUCUUGCCCGCUCAUACCUCAGCAAGACUCAUUCUCAAUGAGCCCAUGGCACUGUAGUGUUGCAGUGCUUGCAAACGGCAAGUUCAUCACAGCGCACAAGUCAUUGCAUCGACAGAAGUUUGAACUUGUCGAGAAAAACGGCCAGCCAUAUUUCUUCCGUGAGAGCUCAUCGCUCUUCAAAUGGGAAGCCAAUGUGGAGUUUGAACAUCAUUAUGGGCAGAACUUGGUUAUCCGAGGCGAGAAGGGUAGAGGAGAGUUCUCUGACUCUGACUUGGAAAAACUGGCGGUUUUGGCGAUGCAGCACAACAGUGUGACGUUCAUAUCAUGUUGA